CUAGGGAUUGAAACCUAGCAUCCGCAAUUGUCCUGCAAACUUGGUGAAACCCUUUCACUCCCACCGUCUUAAAUUUGAGGUCCUCCGAGAACUUUCUAUUCCAAUGCAGGACCGUUAUCUUUUCUUGCUCUUUCGUAGGCAUGAACUAUGUCGGGAGCAGUAUCUAGAAGUUCCAUUCUUGUGAACCAUCUGUCGUCCUCGGGUUCUUGGAGCGGAGGAGGGGAGGCGGAGGCAGAGGCGGAGGAGCGGAGGUGGAGGUCGGCGGAGGUCGGCGGAGGUCGGCAGAGGUCAGCGGAGGUCAGCGGAGCGGGGGCGGGCGGAGGGGGUCGGCGGAGGAGCAGAGUCGGAGGAGCGGAGGAGUGGAUGUGGGUGGGCGGAGGGGAGGUGGGUGGGCCAUUGGGCGGAGGAGCGGAGGAGCGGAGGAGCGGAGGAGCGGAGGUGGGUGGGUGGAGCCGAGGUGGGUGGGCAGAGGAGCGGAGGAGCGGAUGUGGGUUUGGCGAAGGAGCGGAGGAGCGGAGGAGCGGAGGAGCGGAGGUGGAUGGGCAGAGCGGAGGUGGGUGGGCAGAGGAGCGGAGGAGCGGAGGUGGGUGGGCAGAGGAGCGGAGGAGCGGAUGUGGGUGGGCGGAGCGGAUGUGGGUGGGCGGAGCGGAGGUGGGUGGGCGGAGAAGCGGAGGAGCGGAGGUGGAGGCGGAGGCAGAGAUGGAGGCGGAGGCGGAGGCGGAGGCGGAGGCGGAGGAGCGAAGGCGGAGGUCGGCGGAGGUCAGCGGAGCGGGGGCGGGCGGAGGUCAGCGGAGCGGGGGCGGGCGGAGAGUCGGCGGAGGAGCGGAGGAGCGGAGGAGCGGAGGCGGGCGGAGGCAAUGGGCGGAGGCGAUGGGCGAAGACGGGCGGAGGCAAUGGGCAGAGGCGGGCGGAGGCGAUGGGCGGAGAUGGGCAGAGGAGUGGAGGCGGAGGAGCGGAGGCGGACGAGCGGAGGCGGACGAGCGGAGGCGGACGAGCGGAGGCGGACGAGCGGAGGCGGACGAGCGGAGGAGCGGAGGAGCUGAGGAGCGGAGGUGGAGGAGCGGGAGCAGAGGAGCGGAGGCGGGCGGAGGUGGGCAAGGCGGGCGAGGCGGCCGGAGGCAAUGGGUGGCGGCGGAGGAGCCGAGGCGGAGGCGGAGGAGUGGAGGAGCGGGCAGAGCGGAGGUGGGCGGUGGUGGGCGGUGGUGGGCGAGGCGGGCGGAGCCGGAGGAGCGGAGGUAGAGGCGCGGAGGCGGAGGCGAAGGAGCGCGGCCGAAGUCCGGGCGGGCGAAAGUCAGAGGAGCGGGAGCGGGCGGAGGCGGGCGGAG